UUUCUAUUUUGUAGUCUUCAUGCCAAGUCUCACGAUGACACCUACAUCAAGAAGAAAGAAAACAAAACAUAACUCACGUUCCUUAAAACUAUCCAAGACUUGUCGAAUUCUGAUUUGACAUGUCGGUCAAGUCACUUAACCUUUAUCUUUACCGAAAUAGGGCCGGUUUAUUUGCGUGAAAAUAAAGAGCAUUUGUUUAACUAGAGAAUUUGAGACUCUCACUCCAACGGAAUUUGAUAAUUAAUAAUUUUCAAAGGAAAGACAUUUUCAUUUAAAUUGAAAAAUACAUUUGUGUGUUAGUUCAAUACAAAACAAAAUGACCGCCUAUAAGUAAAGAUCUGCAUACUAGGCCUAACAUUCGAGGUGAACAAUGGUCCCUGAAACUUGAUAGUUGAACUUUCACGCUUGUGAAAUACCAACUUUUUGUCAACUGUUCUGAAUAGUCGCUGGGCAACCAGAGAUUGAAUGCUGCUGCAUUUGUUUGGGGGACACUAUAUAUACGGCAUCGCAAUGACUAGAAAUGUGGAUGUACCUUGACUCUCAAGUAGCACCCUUGUGAUCGCCGAAGAACAGUCAUGGCUAAAUUGUUAGUCCUUGCUUUGGUCAUAGCUGCAGUUGUGUUAGAGUCAGCGCAUGCCGCCUGUCCUACCUGUACUUUCCCCACCUCAGUUACAUGCACUGCAUUCAGCAGUUACCUAACUUGUUUAAAGACAAUUACAACUGCCAAUGGUUGCACAGAUGCAGAGGUCACAGCUGCUACUACCGCUAGUACUAACACCCAGAACGCAAUGAACGGCAUGAAAUGUUCAGGUGCUGGCACAAUUAUGACCUCAAUGGGACUUGUUCUUCUCUUCAGCUAUCUUGCCCAAUGGAUCAGUGGAAAGACCAAAUAAACUUUUUCUUAGUUCUAGAUAUAAAAAAAAGAAGGUCAAAACUGUUUCUGUUUAGAGUACAUGAUUUUAAAUCUCUUUAAGUUUCUUCUCAGCUGGUUCUAAAUGUUAACAAUUAAAAAAAAAUUAUACUUACAAAAGUGUUUGUGAUAAAUAUG